UGUGUAUAGGAGGAGAGAGAGAAAAUACAAGAUGGGGAAUAGGUUCCCCCCUUUUCCCCAUCUUCCCCCCUGUGAACCCACGCAUGCGUUAGUUUUCUUGCCGGGAUCCGAGCUCCCCCCUCUAGCCCUCUACAGUGGUUACAGAUAUCUCUAGAGGAAGCUCUCAUUUAGUCAAUAUCAGGCAUGGAGUUAGGACAUGAAACUAAUCCAGCUCCGGACUGAAACAUGUUUUCUAGAAUACGCCUCCUCCUCCUACUCCUCCUGGCAGGAGGCGUGGUUAGUGAACCAGGGAGGUGGGACCAGCAUAGGCGUAGGUCAAGACCCUCUCUCCCUCCCUCUACUACAGUGAGUCCAACUAAGCGACCAGAGAAACUCUGGACACAUGGAUUGAGUUUAAACCCUCCCCUUCAUAGAUGUCAGAUAUCCUCGCAGACAACUCUUCCCAACGGACUCCCUGUUAAUUACGAGUAUGUGAGAAGUGUUAAAGAACUCCUGCUAGAGGAUAAACUCCUGUUAUCUCCUGUAGUGAUUGAAGGAGUGAUGGUGUCGAGAACAAACACCUACAAAGGACUUUAUUUUGUAUCCUUUAAAGUUGUGAAGGUUGUGAGAGGUCGGGUUAGCUCCCAACUCCAUGGGCAUAUACGCCUUCUAUUUCAGACAGAACAAGGACCCUCUGGUAGGGCGGAGCUCAGGGGUAAUGCUUGCCCCCCAGUUCCCUUUAAUGUCCGAACAGGACGAAAAUACCUUUUAUUUGUGAAAAAGAUUUCUGCAGGAAGAUACGCAGCAGUUGCUGUACCGGAGCAAGUAAAGGAGAAAAGUCGGAAAGCUAUUUUGAAAACUUUCUGUCCGGGAACUGCUGGGUGCGUGAGUGUUCCGUCUGUGAAGCCUCUUCCGUCCCGAACAGUUAGAUCUGGGAGGAGUUUAAAACUAAAAUGUAAACUCUCCGGACCUCUGCACCCUCCUCCUGCAAUAUCAUGGUUCAAGGAUUCAAGGAAACUAAAUCCCUCACAAAAUGUACACAUUCAAACCAAAAAAAAGCGUUCUCGUUUACUCAUUAGUAGAAUGUCAGCUUCAGACGCAGGAACAUACACUUGUCAGGCGAGUAAUCUUGUUGGAUCCUCGCUCUCCUCUUCUCUAGUCGUUGUCAGACAAGCAGGUCUAAUACGAAAGGCGUCAGAGUGUCCAAUUCCUAGUUUCUGUUUGAAUGGUGGUUCUUGUGAUUAUUAUGAGAUGAUUGGAGAACUAGUCUGCAAGUGUAAAGAAGGAUUUGCUGGUCAAAGAUGUCAAUUUAAGAAAGCAAGGGUUAAUCCCUUCGGAGACAGUACAGCAUGUGGACCGUACGGGCAUGAUAUACAGCUGGCUGAGAUCUGUGCAGCCUGGAAUUCUCCUCCUGUAAAGGAAAUGACAAGGGAGGAGUACAUGGCCUGGGUAGAGGUGGAGAAACAACUUCAAAACUUUAAAAAGAACAACACAGCAACAACAACAUUAUUCCCGGAUGAAAUAUAAACACUGCAGUAUAUGAUCAUUUUUUACUCCAGCUGCAGUACACAAUUCAUGAUGUCAAUAUUUACAUGGACUAAACUAUACUACCAUGAGAAACAAUCAUUAAACCAAGCUCUUGCUGCCUAGAAGUAUACUUGGUGUACUAAUCAAACCUGUCUACUGCUGUAAUGCAUACCUGGAGGAAAACAAAACAAUCCCAGACCUUCAUAAUACCUAUGAUCUUACUCAUCCCACCAAACAUGUAUUUUAUCUUUAGAUAAAAGUGAACCCUUCAAAUCUAACAUUUGGGGGAAGGUUUGAAAUGUCAGUUGUUUCUAAUCAUUUGAAGUACGGAAUGAAACUUUGUUAAGUUUUAAUGAAAGUUGAAUUUAAACCAGAGAUAUUUAACAGUACCCUUCUUGUUCUGAGGGCAAAACUUUUGAAUUGGAUGGCACUUAAAGCUUUAGCAUUGGUUCAAAUCGAGGAUUUAACCUAGUAUGGAAAGUGGGUUAUCUCUAACAUGAGUGAGGGAGUUUAACCUCUGGCAACGAUAAAGAGCUGUCUACUAUCCAACAACUCCUGAACGGUCAUUGAUGACAGGAACCGCCUGAGUAUUGCAAGUUUAAAAUACAAAAAUUUGGUCCUCUGAUCCUUCAAGUGACUUAAAUACAAAAGUUUUGUCAUUUGAUCCUUCAAGAGACUUAAUAACAAAAGUUUUGUCCUCUGAUCCUCCUGAGUCUGAACUUUGAGCCGCGUCUCAAAUUCGCCAAAAACCGGUUUCAAUUAAGCGCCAGCUUAAAUCUUGAAGCAUUGAAAACGAAUUUAAGAAGAACCAACCAUAUUUGAGCCGCGUCUUAAAUUUCAGCCGCGGCUCAAAUUCUUUAAAUUCUGCCUCUGGUGACAAUUAAAUACAAAAAAUAAUUGCUUUUGUCUCCAAUCUUGUGUUAUUAAAUUCAGAAUGAUGUAAACAAUUUGGCUCCUUGUAUACUACACCUCGCACAACAAGUGAUUAAUUACCAAAACAAGAAUCUGCUGUAUAUGUAAAAUAGUAAAACUACUUUAUGAAUAGCUUUACCCCAUCUCGUGUCAAUAUAAGAAAACAAAUCUCAUCUAAUAGUAAAAAUAAAGUAAAAAAGUUGCUAAAUAAUAAGAUUUUUGUCUUUAAU